AUGUGGAUAGAAACCUCUACUGGCAACCGCAUCGCCAAAGACGCUGCCAUCUCUGGCCCCGACAACAUCGUCAUCUCUGGCAACUGCACCAUCCAUCCUGGGGCCUCGCUCCAUGGCGAUGUCACCCUCCUUACACCUUCUACUGGCCCCACUAUCCUGAUAGGCAAAUACUCCCACCUCAACUCCAACUGCCAAAUCAUUCCUCCUGUGCUCCAGGACGACAAGCACGGACCCGUCGCCAUUGGCGCCUACUGCAUCGUGGGCCACGACACGGUGGUUCGCCUGGCCACUAUAGGCAACCGAGUCAUCAUUGAAGACGGAUGCGAUCUCCAGAAUCUCUCCAUAAUCUACGACUGCUGUGUGAUCCGCAAAGGCACAGUGGUACCGCCCAAAAUGGUGAUUCCUCCUUUCAGCGAGGUGCUGGGAGUCCCAGGUACGGAUUUCAAGGUGGGGGAAUUGAGCAAUGCCUAUAAAAAGUUGAUCGAGACCGAGGCCAAGGAGCUCCAGCUCCAGACGUAG